GUGUUCAGUAGGAGAGAAAGUGAGCUGAGGAAAACCAAGCUCUUGUUUUAAACACUCCCACCAUCCAUUAUGAGCAAGUGUGUCAAGAAAUAUCAUGGAAAAACAACUGUAAGACAAAUGACCACGGAAAUGGUUGAAUCGCAACAGGAUGGAAGUGCAACAGAUUCUGUGGCAGAGAGCGAUGCUGUUUGCAUACAAAAUCAGCCAGGCCAAAUUCCCCCCAUAGCUCAGGUUUCUGUAGCUGGAUCAAGUGCUGGAAGAGGAUCUCCAGUUGUAACUCUAGUACAGUUGCCUUCUGGUCAAACUGUACACGUCCAGGGAGUGAUUCAAGCCACAAAGCCAUCAGUGAUUCAGUCACCACCAAUGCAGGCUGUUCAGGUUACAUCAGUUGCAAAUGCAGAGGACUCUGCAGACUCGGAGGGUGUAAUUGAUUCUCAAAAACGUAGAGAGAUUCUUUCAAGAAGGCCUUCAUACCGAAAAAUUCUGAAUGAACUAUCUUCUGAUGCUACUGGUGUCCCUAAGAUUGAAGAGGAAAAGUCAGAGGAAGAAGGAACACCUUCUGGCAUCCCUGCAAUGGCAGUACCAACCAGCCUAUAUCAGACUAGCACAGGGCAAUACAUUGCCAUAGCCCAAGGUGGAGCAAUCCAGAUUUCUAAUCCAGCAUCUGAUGGCGUCCAGGGACUGCAGACAUUAACAAUGACAAAUUCAGGAGCUCCUCAGCCAGGUGCUACCAUUGUGCAAUAUGCAGCACAAACACCUGAUGGCACACAGCAGUUUUUUGUACCUGGAAGCCAAGUUGUUGUCCAAGCUGCCACUGGAGACAUGCCAACUUACCAGAUCCGAACUCCCACCACAGCCUUGCCUCAAGGAGUAGUAAUGGCAGCCUCACCAGGAACUUUGCACAGCCCUCAGCAGCUAGCAGAAGAGGCAACACGCAAAAGGGAACUGAGACUUAUGAAAAAUAGGGAAGCUGCUAAAGAAUGUCGACGUCGGAAGAAAGAAUACAUAAAAUGUCUGGAGAGUCGUGUUGCAGUGCUAGAAGUUCAGAACAAGAAACUUAUAGAGGAGCUUGAAACCCUAAAAGACAUUUGUUCUUCCAAAACAGAUUAGUAGAAAUAUUUAUUAUGCUAUGAACUGAUUACAACAUGUCCAAUUGCUUUUGAAGACAAUACCUAGCCAAUAAGAAUUACGACUUUUUCUUUGUGUCAUUUUUCUUAUACUGCAACCCCUAACAUUCCUGAAAUACUUUUUUGCAUUUUGUAGUUUCUUAGAUGUAACUUCAUUUUUUUCCCCAAAGGAGACAAAUGUUAAAGUGUGUAUAACAUGGUUAAAAGUGCAACAUUUAUAAGAGCUGUUCCAUUGCCAUAUAUUUGCAUUUACUACUUUUUAUGUGUUAUUGAUAGUGUCCUACACACAAAAAUAUUGUACAGGUGUUUUAAAGUGAAUUAUCAAAGAUAAUGCAUCCAGUAAUACAGCAAAAUUAAACUGCCCAAAAUAUCUCAGGAAAGAGUUUAUAUAAAGUAUGUUAUGAUAACACAAAUGUAUUAGAAUAUAGACUAUAUAUUAAUUUAUGGCCAAUUUUUCUUAGUUGCUUUGCCAAGAAAAUAUUGUAUUGCUGUCACUGAGUGCCAUGGUUGAAGACAGUUUUUAAUAGAACCAUGUUGUUUACCCUU